AUGCUCCGACACAUAAGCACCAAGCACCCCACCAAGAAUGGUGACACACCUGAGCGGCCGUUUAACUGUUCGGUGUGCAAAAAGGGAUUUAAGCGCAAGGACACCCUGAAGCAGCACUUAGUCAUUCACUCAGGUGUGAAGAAGCACGUCUGUCCUGAAUGUGGCAAGGCCUUCAACCACAAAGGAAGCAUGAACCAACAUUAUCCGCAUCUCAUGGUUAUGGAGAUCGUACCGUCAGUGGACACACCCUCACCCACCGACGACCCCUCAAUUGAUAAACGAGAGAAGAAUUACAUCUGUCAAGAAUGCAGCGAGACUUUCAAACGAAAAGAUAACUUGCGCGAACACAUAAGAACCCAGCACCUCACCAAGAAUGGCGACACACCUGAGCGGCCGUUCACUUGUCCGGUGUGCAAGGAGGGAUUUAUCUGCAAGAAAAACCUGAACCAGCACAUUGCCAUCCACACAGAUGUCAAGAAACACGCCUGUACAGAAUGCAGUAAAGCCUUCAAUCGAAAAUUCUCCUUGCGCCGACACUUGCUCGUUCACUCACAAGAGAAGAACCACGAUUGUCCAGAGUGCGGAAAGGCCUUCAACCAUAAAAGCGACAUGCGCCGACACUUAAGCGAAAAGCACCCCGCCAAGAAUGGCGACAAACCUGAGCGGCCUUUUAGCUGUUCGCUGUGCCUGAAGAGCUUUAAGCGCAAGGACAACCUGGACCAGCACUCAGUCAGUCACUCAGGUGAGAAGAAGCACGCCUGUCCAGUAUGCGGCAAGGGCUUUAUCCGAAAUUUCCACAUGCGCCGACACAUAAGCAACCAGCACCCCGCCAAGAAUGGCGACGAACCUGAGCGGCCGUUUAACUGUUCGCUGUGCCCGAAGAGCUUUAAGUCCAAGGGCUCUCUGGUCCAGCACUCUGUCACUCACUCAGCUCCUGAGGCUGCUGCUCCCGGAAAGGCUAACAAGGGAAAGGUGGAAGAGCCGAAAAUGAGGUCUGGAAAGGUGCAGCUGCUGGUCGGCGUUGAUGGAACGCCGCUUUUCGGUUGCCCAGAGUGCAACAUGGCUUUCCCAGUCAAAGAUCUUCUUGAACAACAUGUUUGUCUAAAACAAUCAGUUGCUUCCCCUGAGGCUAUGGAAGAUGCUGAUGUUACACAUUAUGGCCAAAGGCUGUUCGGUUGCCAACAGUGCAACAUGGAAUUCCCAAACAACCAUCUGCUUGAACAACAUCUUCAUGAUUCUCACCAACUCUCUAAGUUUAUCUGUGACAUUUGCGGUGCGGUAUUGAAACACAAACAAAACGUGUUGGCGCACAAGAAAAAACACAACUCUGAGCGGCCGUUCACCUGUUCGGUGUGCAAUAAGGGAUUCAAGCUCAAGCAAUAUCUGAAGGACCACCUACUCAUUCACUCAGGUGAGAAGAAGCACGUCUGUCCAGUAUGCGGCAAUGGCUUUACCCAAAAAAACCACAUGCAACGACACUUAAGCAACAAGCACCCCACCAAGAAUGGUGACACACCUGAGCGGCCGUUCAACUGUUCGGUGUGCAAUAAGGGAUUUAAGCGCAGGGACAACCUGAAGCAGCACUUCGUCAUUCACUCGUCAGAUGAGAACAAGCACCUCUGUCCUGAAUGUGGCAAGGCCUUCAACCAAAAAGGAAACAUGAACCAACAUUAUCCGCAAUGCAUGGUUUUGGAGAUCGUGCCGUCAGCGGACACACCCUCACCCACCGACGACCCCUCAAUUGAUAAACGUCUGCCAAAGCGAUGA